GGCCUCAAAGUGGGAUUUUACUUGCUGAAUAGCCUUUUUGUAUUUCGGCGUCAUUCUUCCCGGCUGCUGGCAGUAAAAGUUAAACCAGGGCUGGACAUCCUGAGAGUUUGAAACCAGAGGAAUCAGGAUUCUCUCUGCAAACUCAGACACCAUCCCACGGGCUACCUGUGAGGCCAUGUACCAGGCAGCUGUCUCCAAGCGAGCAGACAACACCAUCCUCAGCGGGGUCAUGGAGGAGUCAGAAGUCUGUUCCCUGCCUGGGGGACUUGCAAGUGUGCAGAAACGAUUUGAAACCCAGGAAACUGCGUCGUCACAAACUGUAACUCAGUUUCAUUUUCACCACAAAACACAGCAGGAAAUGUCAACCUCAGAGGUGACGGUGUCAAGUGGCAGCAGGCAGGUCAUCCCAGGCAGUCAGCAGCUACAUUUCCAAGAAACUAUGGUAUCAUGCCAUGACAACAACUUGGCAUCCAGUUAUGAAAAUCAUCAAAAUGACACAGAAGAGGACUUUCCCAGGUACACUACAAAAGAACUGAGAGAUCACUUUGAAAGAACAAUAGAGGAGGCUGCUUCACACAAACCCAUUAAGAUUGGACGCAACAUCGCUCAGUCUAAGUGGUCCUCUAACGUGACUCAGAACAACACAGUGGCUGGUGAUGUGCACAAAGAAUCCAGUGCUGAAGCAGCACAAGGCACAGUCACAGUGAUGGAUUAUGAAGACUUCCCACCCCCUCCAGCUGAUGAUUCUGAGUAUCUUCCACCACCUCCUCCAGACUUGUUACAAAUGCCAUCAGACAGUGAAAAUAUUCCAGCAGGCCAUUACUCACAUGAGCCUCCAGAGCCAGUAAACCCGUCCAAACAACCCUUCAAGAAAGAGGCUUACGUCAAGCAGCAGAGUAUGUCUGAGCUGAAGCGCCUUUACAGACACAUUCAUCCUGAGGUUCGUAAGAAUAUUGAGAAAGAGUUCUACAGUGAAUACAGUGAAACUGAGAGCAACCAGGUGGAGAGUCAGGCGUACACGUCUGAGAAUGACGGCAGCAGUCCUGACGAAAUGAAUGAAGAGGAAUAUGAGGAAUGGGAGGAGAUUCUCCCCGGAGAGGUGCAAGCAAUGUGUUGGAAGUUUGAAAAUAAACCGCUUGAUGCCAUCAAAGACGAAACUCCUGAUGAGGAUGAAGACGGCAUGAAAAUGCUAGAACAAGAAAUAAUUGCUGGAAGAGAUGUGAGACGUACGGCACUGAUGUUUGACACCAAGCCAAUAGAUGAGCUAGGCUCACUUAACACAAACUCAGCAGAAUCUAAAAACAAAUUUUAUAAAUUCGACAAAGGUAAUGUCCGUGCUGCAGCAUGGUUGUUUGAAACUCAAACUAUGGACACUCUGAACAAAAUGCACCCAGAGGAAGACCUAACAAAAGAAAUCGUAUUUACUGAAGAGGAUGGAAAUGCUACAAUUUACAUGAUAGACAGUUUGUUCAUGGAUAGUCUUGGUCACACUGAAACCAUUGAUGAGAGCCACCUGCUGAGCUUACGGUCAGUGUUAGAAGAAAUUAAUGGAGACUUUAAAACCAUAACCAGUACUUUUGACACUCAGUUUAAAUGCCUCAUCAUGGGACAAUCAAGCCAGAUGUUGGAAAUAAAGUCCGUGCGUAAAAUUGAAACCGAAUUGGAAAACUCUAUCGCAUCACGCUGGCUUUUUGAUACCCAGCCUCUGGACACGACAAACAAAGAAGUGACUCCUUUGAAGCUUGUUUGCAGUCUAUCCAUGGAGGACAGCAGUAAAGGAGACUGGGGCAGGUGGCUGUUUGAGAUAAAGACAUUCAACUCUCUGAGUGAGUGGAAAAGUUUACAAAUGGAGAAGAAGGAGAUCACUGGAACUGAUGUGCGUAAACAUUGCUUAGUCUUUGAAACACAGCCAACGGAUUCUCUAAAAGAUGACUCCAAUGCCAGACCCCAGUGUGUUGAAGACAUUAUUGGAGGCAAUGUUAGAUCUGCAAGGGACUUUUUUGAAAGCAGCCCCCAAGUUGCCAGGAAAAACUACUCUGAGGUCGGAAAACUUAAAAAGGCAACUGUAAAUGAAGAAGUGAAAGGGGAUGUGAGACACCAAAAGUGGCGCUUUGAAAGUCAACCUCUAGAACAAAUAAGAGAGGAGAAAAAAGAGGUUACUCGUACUGUAAAUGUCGAUGAUGACCUCACACAGGAGGAUGGCACAAGUUGCAGAGCAGAUGUUCGAAGGAACUGCUGGGUAUUUGAGACGCAGCCAAUGGAUACUUUAAAAGAUGAUUCAAAUACCCACCCUUUGACAAAAGAAGAAAUUGUUUCCGGUAAUGUGAGAUCGGCCAGACAAUAUUUUGAAACGGUUCCAAGUGAAGACUUGAAGGAGUUGGCAGAAGUGGGCAAACUGAAAAAAUCUGUUACACUGAAUGAGGAGAAGGGUGAUGUUAGACAUCAGAAAUGGAGGUUUGAAAGUCAACCUCUGGAGGAAAUUAGAGAGGAAAGAAAAGAAAUGAUACGAACAAUUGACCUGGAAGAAAUAGAUAAAGUGGAUGUGUCAAACUACAAGCACAUCUUUGAGUGCACAGAUUUAAAUACAGGUAAAGAAUCUCAAACAAUUCACAUAGAGGGAAUACCUUGUGGUUCUGUUGAAUCAAAUAAGAACCUGUUCGAAUCUUCGGCGUUGUAUGCCAUGCAAGACAGUUCGGGGUACUACCAUGAAGUUAAAACAGUGCGCCGUGAAGAGGUUGUAAAAGGAGAUGUAACAACAUACAAAUGGAUGUUUGAAACAAAACCAAUUGAUCAGUUUGAUGAGAGCAUUGAGAAGUACCAAAUUAUUAAGGGCAUAUCCAAACAAGAAGUCGAGUCUGGGGAUGUUAAAACUGCAAAGUGGUUGUUUGAAACACAGCCUCUUGAUGCCAUUAAGUACUUCAGCAAUAUUGAAGAUGAAGAAACUGUAGAAAAAAGUAAACACCUGGAUGUUGUAAAGGGGGAUGUGAAAACCUGCAAGUGGUUGUUUGAGACAAAACCGAUGGACAUCCUGUAUGAAAGAGUGGAGCUACAAGGUGAGAAUAAAUCUGAAGAAAUACGCAAGGGAGAUGUCAAAACCUGCACAUGGAUGUUUGAAACUCAAGCGUUUGAUGCUAUUCAUGAUGAAACAGAAACAGUUUUGAAAACACACACUUUAAACCAAGAGGAGAUCAGAGGAAAAGAUGUAAAAAUGGCUUGUUUUCUCUUUGAGACAGAGAAUCUGGAAAACCUCACUGGGGAGGAGAAAGGGUCUUAUAAACGUGUCACCGAGAUAGAUAUUGCAUCUGGAGACGUGUCGAGGAUAAAGUAUAUUUUUGAAAACCAAACAUCUGAAAUUAUGUCUUCUACGUCUGAGGAAGUGAUGCAAAAGCUAAAGAGAGUUCAGACAGAGGACAUACAAAGAGGAAAUGUUGUAAACUGCAAAUGGCUUUUUGAAAACCAAUCCAUUGAUACCAUACAUGACAGCCAAGAGAAGGAUAUGUGCAACCACACCGUGAAUGAUGUACAAAGAGGAGAUGUAGGUAAGGGUCGGUUUAUUUUUGAGACAUAUUCAUUAGAUAAAAUCCAUGAGGUUUCCUCUGAAACAGAAGGAAUGAAAAGCCAGAAGAUUGUCUGCGAUGAGGAUGAGAAGGGUGAUGUGAGAAAUUACACAAUGUUGUUUGAAACACAGCCACUUUAUGCCAUUCAGGACAAAGAAGGUCAUUAUCACGAGGUCACCACUGUCACAAGUGAAGAGAUAAAACAAGGAGAUGUUGUUGGAACUCGAUGGUUGUUUGAAACCAAGCCACUCGAUGCUAUUAAAGACACAGAUGAGGUUUAUUUAAUCAAAUCUGUAACACAGCAGGAUGUGCAAAAAGGUGAUGUCAUGUCUGCCAAAUGGAAAUUUGAGACGCAACCUCUUGAUAUGAUUGCUGACGAGAAGAAGCAGCUGAUAAAAACGGUGGAAGAUAUUCAAAGGGGCAAUGUUCAAGUGAAUAAGCAGCGAUUUGAGACCGACACCGCAUCAGAUACAUCAGUCAGGACAGUUAAUGUAAGUGAAAUACAGAAAGGUGAUGUCAGGACUGCUAAGUGGAGAUUUGAAACACAGUCUAUGGACAAAAUAAGAAGCAUGAGCUCUGACAAUCUAAUUAAAACAGUUCAAAAGGAGGAUGUUGCAAAGGGAGAUGUCAAACAUUCAGUCUGGCUUUUUGAGAAAACACCCCUUGACCACAUUAAAGAGACAGAUAAGGAUGAGCAUGCCAUUGCCAUUCCAGAGGAGAUUCCCAAAGCGGACGUAAAAACAACAACAUGGCUCUUUGAAACUACACCAUUUGAUGACUUUAAUGAGACUAAAAUAGAAAAGACUGACAUAUUAGGCAAAAGUGUCAUGGGAACACUUGAAGAACUUUACAGCCAGAAAAUGGUGAAUUCAAAGGGAAUAUUAAUAGAAGCUGACGAAAUUGGCGAUGUAAGGAUGGCAAAAUACCAGCUAAUGAAUAAGCAGACUCCAGAGAUUCAGCGAGAAGAAAUCAUCAGGGGAGAUCUGCAGACUAUAAUGAUGAACCUUCUGAACAGGCAGGAAAAAAAGGAUCGGCAAGUAGUCAUAGAUUCAGAAGAGAAGGGUAAUAUCAGCUCAACAGUGCAGCAACUCUUCAGCCAAGAAAGAGUUUUGAAUACUGAAAAAGAGGAAAUAUUGCAUGGUGACAUUCAAGAAGCCAUUAACAAUCUAUUUGAUGAGAGUGGAUCAGCAAAACAGGGAAUACUCAUACAGGAAGAUGAAAAAGGUGAUGUACAGAUGACAAUUUAUUCCCUUCUGCACAAACAUGAAAAUGUUAAUAUAGAAAAAGAAGACAUCAUAAAAGGGAAUAUAAAGAAGGCUCUUGAAAGACUAUCAAGCUCAGACAUGCCGGAUCAGGCAGUGAAGAUAAAGAUAGAUGACAUGGAAAAAGGAAACGUCCAUUUUUACUCUACAUGUAUCGAAUCUGGGUCUCUUGACUAUCUUAAACAGCUCCAACUGGACCCUGAUGAGACUUCACCUGACACAGCAAAGAAAGAGGAGAUCAUUGGGGGGGACAUCAAGGGCACCAAAUCCAUUCUUACUCGUAAUAAAAUGCAAAUUGAGCGAACAGUAGAGGAUGUUAUACCUGGGGAUGUUCACAACACAUUGAAAGUGUUCACGUCAGAGCCAACCAUCUCAGCAGACGGAAUCCAAAAGGAGGAGAUAGUCAAAGGAGAUGUACAAGCUGCUUUGAACUCCUUGUCUGAAUCAGUGAAUCAGACAGUGAUUGUUGAAAAAGAGGAAGUGGUGAAAGGCAACAUCCCAAAAGUUCUGCAGUGUUUGGAGAGGGCGCAGAAAUGCUACAGGGAGGUGGAAAAGCCAGAUAUAAUACCAGGAAAUAUCAAAGGGGCUCUGCAAUCCCUUGAGAAAUCAGUAACAUCCAGAGUUGAAGCCGCUAUUGAUGAUUUAGUUCCCGGAGAUGUGAAGGCGACAAUGAAAUCCCUAAACCGAGCUAAGCAAGAAGUGAGGGAGGUUGAAAAGGAAGAAAUUGUGAGAGGUGAUAUUCACACAGCCAUGCAAAGUCUACAAGACGCCUCCAGUGAGAAGAAAAUGUAUCAACAGGAAAUAGAUGUCCAAGGAGAUGUGAAAGGGACGAUUCAGCUCUUUAUGGAGCCUCCGCCCUCACCGAGGAUGCAACGGAGCUUAAGCCUCGAGAGAGAUGUAAAGGGGGAUGUCAAAAUGUCAAUAAAGUCUUUAUAUGAAACACAGGAGCAAACCCAGGUGGAGAAAGAAGAAGUGGUUAAGGGGGAUGUUAAAGGCACCAUUAAAUCGUUGCUGGAAACAGCACAGCGUGAAACUCCCAAAAUCAGGCAUGGCACGUGCAGAAGAAUAAAAGUCAAGCAGAGCCCUUCAGUGAAAACCCUCAAAUCUGAUGCACAGAGGAACGCACAAAAAAUAAAAACAGCUAAACAGGUUGAAACCUCUAAAGAAAGUCACUCAGUCACUAAUGAAGCAGAUAAUGUUAGAAUUAAGGUGGAAAAGUCAUCUGUUGUGGAGCACAGAACUAUUACUCAAAAUCAUGGCAUCAGAACUGUAAAAACUGAGUUCCGCAAUCUUAAAUCCAACCCAAAGGGGAUGAUAAAACAUGGUAAAACUAAAGUGACUACAGAUGAGUACAUGUUCAACCUACAAGCACCAGAACCUGAACUCCCUCUACCACCUCCACCAGUGGUUGACACUGAUCUUCUUCCUCCUUGCCCUCCUAGUCCUCUUCCUCCCACAGCUGAUAUUGACAUUGAUCACCUUCCUCCCCCACCACCUCCUCCACCUCUUCCAGGGGAACAGGACUUCCUCCCACCACCUCCAUCCGAGCGAGAGCUGGAGAGCAUGCCAACACAGCCUACAAAAGCAAAAAGAAUGACUGUCAAGAAAGUGAAAGCCCCUACCCUGCAUCCAGUUCCUAAGCUCGAGUCGAAAGUGGAAUUCAGUCAAACACAAGUGCAGGCAACAACCGAGAAAAGGGUGGAAAUUGGCCAAAGCCAAAUAAAAACAACUAAUGAAACAUCAAAAAUCAUUUUGCAUGAAAUCCCUCCUCCACCACCAGAGUCACCACGGCCUCUGAAGAAAGUUUACGUCACUCCGGUGAGAUUUACUCCACCGCCCUCCCCUCCUCCAUCCAUGAAAGGGAAAUCCAGUAAAUUCAACACACCAUUAAUAAAAGCAGAGGAAAAGUACCGAAAGCUGAAGGAAGAAAACACACCUCCAACCACUCCAUCUCCCACCUUUUUGCAUGACUCUGUGAGCGCUGCUAUAGAAAUGCUAUCCAGUAAAGAGCAAUCAAAAUACAGCAGCUCGGGAAUUCAACAGGAAAAAGAUGAAAUUGCAUCAACAAGUGCUCAUUCAAACUCUUUAUCAUGUGAUUUAUCCAAGCAGGUAGUUCUCUCAAAUAAUACCCAAAAUGAGAACACCACUGCAGAAUCUGCAACUACAUUAUCUCCUAAACAGCAUAUUUUAACAAAUGAGACCACUAAGGUCGUCUCCAUGCAGAAGACUUCAUCUGUCACUGCUGUUAAACAGUACAUGCAGACAACAAUGCAGGAUGCUCUUUCUGUUUCUUCACAGCAGUCUGCUUCUUCUAGCCUCUCUGGUAAAAUCCAGACCUCAGUCAAUAACGUUGCAAAACCAGAAAUCAUGCCUGGACAAGCAAAGACAGAUUCUAGAAACCAUAAAACAAAGAGCUCCAACAAAUCAGAAGAGACAAAAAAGAGCAGGACUCCUCCUCAAGUGAUGAAACCAGAAACAGAGACAAAGCAGAAAGCUAACAACAGUGUUUCACCAGAAAAAAAUGAAAAGGAAGCAAAAUUAAUACAUGACGAUAAUGACAAGACAACAGAUGAUUCUCCUACCAAGGGACAGAAAAAUAUUUCCACUCAGCCAAUGCAAACAGACAAUGUAGCUCCAAAUGCAAAUGAGAAGACAGGCAAACAAAGCCAAAAGAUAAAAAAGAACAACAACAAACAAGAGAAGCAAGCAGAGAUAAAAGUAUCCAAUGAGAACGAAAAGCACAGUGCUUUGCAACAUUUGAAAGUGGCUCAGACGAAAGCUGCAGAGACAAAACAGGAGUUAAAGAAAGCUUCUCCGUCUCUUCCUGCUGCUGCAUCUCCUGCAGGCAACACUGACAUCCAACAGGAACCUCCAGCUCCCACAAAGAAGAAAAAGAAAUCCAAAAAGUCUAAAGGAGGUGCACAGCAAGGUCAAGGUAAAGACAUUCUCACUGUGUCAAAGAUAGAAACAGCAGAAGUAAAAUCUGAACCAACUCAACCAACUCUGGAAACAACUGCAGUCAAACAAAUUCACAAAAGUAUCAAAGAAGAGCACAUUCAAAUCAAGGGAGAUGUUAUUACAACUGACAGCAAAGACAACCAGAAUCCAUUGCAACAAAAAGUAUUUCAAGUACAAGAGAAGGGGUCUCAGAAGAAAGGAGUGACAGUUACUCGGCAGAGCACUGAGGAACAAGCAAAAGAAAGCAGGAACAUCCCAAUUACUGUGACAGUUGAGUCAGAACAAAAUGAACUUGCAAAAUCCACAACUGAGAGAACAAAGGCAUCUGAGAGACGAGAGGUCCAAGUGUUAAUCUCUCAAAUCGAAGAGAUGCAAAGCACUUCAGAGGAGACCCAUUCUAAACCUGUGAAAAGUCUGCUAAACUCACUGCCAGACUGGCUCAUAACUCCUGAAAGGAAGCACGAACUAGAACAAAACACAACACAAAGUGAUGCUCAAAAGAACAAAGAGGUUAUUUUAAAUGUAAGGAAGCUAGCAGAAAAUAAGCUGAUGCACCUGGCAGGCGACACAAUGGAGAAGCAUGAAUGCGAGCUAGGUUCAGAGAGAUCCACUUCUGGCCUGGCAGCAUCAACCAGAAUAUCUAAGAUCAGCAUUGGUUCGUCCAAAAUAGAAACCCAAAGUCAGAAAACUACCUCUCAUGAAAGCAGGAGGGAAGAAGUAAGUUUGUGCAAAUCGCUCGACUUUCGAGCUCCCUCACCUUCACUCAGGAUGCGUCCGCCUUCUCCAACAUUCAUCACCAUUGAGUCCAUAAGAAGAACCGACUCCCCCCAGAGAGUGACUCCAUCACCAACACUGCUGCACAGGCCGCCCACACCUCCAACACCACCACCGCGCAGGUGUGACACUCCAACAUCGCGCAUCACCAGAAUCACACCUUCUCCGACAUUCGAUAAAGCGGAAAAUUUGGCUCGGCUUAAAGACACGACUGCAAAACUCUUGCGGGUCGUCACCCCUCCACCGCUGCUCACCAGUCCAAUCCCAGAGAAGAGAUCUGAGAUUGUGGAAUCUCCUAAUACGUUCCAUCGGCAGAUUAAAAUUGAUUCCCAGGUAGCAGAGGCUUCAGAGAUAUUAACCAAAACAAAAAAGCCUAAAGAGAUUUUCCAUGAGGAAGUUCAGCAGACUGAAUUAAAUGAAACGCAGAACUCAAAUGUGAACAGCAUCUUAAGUAGUUCUGAAACUCAUGUGCCAGCUGACGAAAAUGAGCCAAAUCUCACAGAAGCGUCCCAUGAUGAUGAGCUAUCUUCUGCGUCUGUCAAAGAAAAGAGAGAGUUUUUUGAAGAAGUACAAAAAGCAGAUAUGAAUAAGGUUUAUAAGCGUAAGGAACCUGUCACGAUAACGGAACGGCUGGGCCCUGAGAUGUUGGAGCGUGUGGCUGAAAAUAAGAAUAAAGAAAAAGACGAGCCGCUCGGGGCAAAUGUGUCUGGUUGUGUAAACAAAUUUGAAUCCUCAGAAGAGAAACUCACAGAGUGCCUUCACAGCAACACUGAGAUCACAGAAUGCGAUAACGAAAGAGCAAACAUCUUAGAGCAGGAAAUGCCAACUUUUAACAUUCUAGCUAUUAAAAAUGUUUUUGAACUGGGUGAGCAAAUAUCUUCAUUCAAGGAGGAGAAAAGGGAUCAGGAGGAGCUAGUGUCAAGUCUGAGUGAAACAGCAGCACACACUUCAAAGUGGGAUAGCCCUCUGGGGACAAAAGGAAGCACAAGGCACAGCACCCUUUUGCCUUUUCAGAAAACCGAGCCAGAAACUAUUCCAGCAGAACCGUCAGACUUCUCAGAAACUAAAACAGUCACUGAACAUUUCUCGAAUGUUGAUGAAUUUGGUAACAAGGUCAUCGGGACAGUGACUGCUGUCACCCAGCAGACACCUUUUUCAUAUGCUGACGCUGUUAAAAGAAACGCUGCCAGGCGAGCAGAAACCUAUGACGAAGAUGCUACAGAAAGGCUACUGAGGAAUUUUCAUAAAACAUGGACGGAGAGCGAGGCCGUUUUCAAGAAUCUUGGCUACACUGUUUCAGAGGAGACAACGUCGCAAGUCAUGUCACAUCAGAUGGAGACUGUGUCGUCGGACUCGAGUGCCGAAGUCGGAGCUUUGCACGGUUUGCCGGAGGAGAGCUUAUCCAAUGGAUGCCCUGAUAGUGGACAAAAAAAAGUACCAUAAAUCCUGUUUCUGCUGUGAGCACUGCAAAAAUAAAUUAAGCCUUGGAAAUUACGUCUCUUUCCAUGGACAUUUGUACUGCCUACCCCAUUACAGACAACUCCUCAAAUCCACAGGGAACUACAGUAACGGUCUUGGACAGAAGCCUCCCUCAGGAAGUGGCGGAUCUAUCCUUUCGGAUGAGACCCUUGAACGCAGAUAUUCCACGAGCAGCAUAAAUUCACUAGACAAACCCCACAGAGGUGAAAACGAAACGACAAAAACAUUUAAUGAAAGCAAACCCCACAGUAACAAAAUAUCUGUAGUUUGGCCCCCACAGAGCGAUUCACAGAAGAAAGCCUUUAAAAUAGAGGAAGAAAUUCAGUUAACAAAACCACAGUGGCCCCCGUUAGACAGCUCCCCCUCGUCUCCUAAACACCAACACAGAAAGGCUGUCCCCAGAAGUGUCCUUUGAAAUAUUAUCUCCCAUGUACAGAGUUUAGCUAAAUAUAUUCUAAUAAAAGAGGAUCUCAUGGUAAAGUAAGAAAGUACUAUCCUGUUGGAACGAGAAAGUGUUCGGCUGAAGGUCAUACAGUUAAGUGAUUUAAAAAAGGAACAUGCAGGUAGGAAUAGGAAAGGAAACUGUAUAUAUUUGUAAAUUGUGAGAAACAGAAGGUUGUAAUUGUAAGUGCAAGGUGCAGGUGUAAAAAAAACAAAAGUGAAACUGUGUGUCUGUGCAGCAGUGUGGCUGAUCCAGUGUAUCAUUUUCAAAAUUAAUUUAAGUUUAUUCUCUUUUUUUUUUUUGGGUCUUAAAUAUCAGCUUUAUUUGUUGAUAUACUAUUUAAUGAUUGACACAAGAUGUUUUACAGCUUCUUCAUCAAAUGUCAUUUGCUUUAAAAGUAUCAUGAUUAGGAGCUCCUUUUAAUUGCUGUUUUGCAAACUUAAAACUAAUAAUUGAUAACUGCUAUUAAUUAUCAUACUGUUUUCAUACAUGGCUGGUAGAAAAUGUACGUCAUCUAAGCAUUUUUAAAACAAUCACAAGUUUUAUUCUAAAAUUAAUUGGAUUAACUAAAUUCAUUUCCGCAUGCCAGAUCAAUAGAACGGUCUCCGUCUGUUGGGUUUUUGUGAUAUUCUGUCAGAACUACAUUUUAAUAAAACACUUUGUUUUAGCACCUGGUGUGCAAACAAAAAUUUUCUUGGAAUAAUUGUAUUUUUGAUUUUGAAAGUAUAUAUUAUACAUGAGUAAAUUGGUGAAAAUCAUGUUUGUUUUAGACAUUUGUAUCCUAUUUUUCAACGAGAUUUUUUUUCCAAUAAAAACUGUUUUGUUUUAUUUUUUAGAUUAGAAAUCAUUCUGUACCUUCCUUUGUACUGGAAUAUUUCUGAUCAUGUCAU